AUGUCUUUAGCUCCAUUACAGUCAAUUAAUGAUCAGCAAUUAAAUGCUCGUUCAAAUCUACAUACUCCAAUUAAAUUUAAUGCAUUCGAUAAAGAAAAUGAAAAAUAUAGAACUUCUGUAAAGAGGUCAGGCACUGACAGAAAUAAUAAUAUCCAAGCAAAUCAACCACAGCAUAAGAAAAAGAAAGAAAAAUUAUCAUCACUAUGUAAAACUCCACCUUCUUUGAUUAAAACAAGAGGAAGAGAUUACCAUAGAGGUCAUUUCUUAGGAGAAGGUGGUUUCGCUCGUUGUUUCCAAUUUAAUGAUGAUAGUGGUAAGAUAUUUGCCGCUAAGACUGUUGCAAAAUUAUCCAUAAAGUCAGAAAAGACAAGAAGAAAAUUAUUAUCUGAAAUUCAAAUUCAUAAAAGUAUGAAAAAUGUAAAUAUAGUACAAUUCAUAGAUUGUUUCGAAGAUGAUACAAAUGUAUACAUACUUUUAGAAAUUUGCCCGAAUGGUUCCUUGAUGGAUCUAUUGAAGAAAAGAAAAAGCUUGACUGAACCUGAAGUAAGAUUUUUCACAACACAAAUUUGUGGUGCCAUUAAAUAUAUGCAUUCCAGGAGAGUUAUUCAUAGAGAUUUGAAAUUAGGUAAUAUUUUUUUUGAUAAGGAUUAUAAUUUAAAAAUUGGUGACUUCGGUUUAGCCGCUGUGUUAGCUAAUGAUAGAGAAAGAAAAUAUACUGUGUGUGGUACACCAAACUACAUUGCUCCAGAAGUUUUAAUGGGUAAACAUACAGGUCAUUCCUAUGAAGUCGAUAUUUGGUCGAUAGGUGUAAUGUUAUAUGCUUUGUUGAUAGGUAAACCACCAUUUCAAUCAAAGGAUGUCAACACAAUUUAUGAAAGAAUAAAAUGUUGUGAUUUCACAUUUCCAAAGGACAAAUAUAUUUCUCCUGAAGCAAAAAUUCUAAUUCAAGAUCUGUUAUCAUUAGAUCCAUUAGAAAGGCCUUCAGUCGAUGAGAUCAUAGAUUACGUUUGGUUUAGGGGUUUAUUUCCACCGCAAAUUGAAUCAGACGUAAUGACUAAUAUUCCAAAUUACGAUAAUCAAUUAACGAUGGAACAAUCUAUUGUUAAUUUUAAAAAGUGUUUAGAAAGUUCAGGAUUAUUAUCUGACGCUGCUGCUGUGAAUCCAAGUAGUGACAAGCAACCUAUUUCAAUAAUUAAAAACAAUGAAUUACAACAACUAAGAAAAAAUGUCUUGCCAGAUUCUUUAUCACCAGGUGGUACGAAAUAUAAAUAUAAAGAAAUUGUUGAUAUAGAGACACAAAGAAAAUUAAAUGAUCUAGCACGUGAGGCAAGAAUUCGUAGAGCUCAUCAAGCAGUCGCUAAAAAAGAUCUCGUUGCCACAUCAACAAAUAUCAUUAAAUCAGAAAUUUCAUUAAGGAUCUUAGCAAGUGAGUGCCAUUUAACAUUAAAUGGUAUACUAGAAGCUGAAGCUCAAAAGAAAAUGGGUGGUUUACCGCCAUCAAGAUUACCAAAAGUGAAGCACCCAAUUGUUGUGACAAAGUGGGUUGAUUAUUCCAAUAAACAUGGUUUUUCAUAUCAAUUGUCAACAGAAGAUAUUGGUGUUCUAUUUAAUAAUGGUACAACAGUACUAAGAUUAGCGGACGCCGAAGAAUUUUGGUACAUUAGUUACGAUGAUAAAGAAGGUUGGGUAGCAAGUCAUUAUUUACUUGGAGAUAAACCAAGGGAGCUAACGAGACAUUUAGAAGUAAUCGAUUUUUUCUCUAAAUAUAUGAGAGCAAAUCUAAGUAGAGUUUCUACAUUUGUUAGAGAAGAAUAUCAUAAAGAUGAUGUCUUUUUAAGAAGAUAUACAAGAUAUAAGCAAUUUGUUAUGUUUGAAUUAAGUGAUGGUACAUUCCAAUUUAAUUUCAAAGAUCAUCAUAAAUUUGCUAUUUCUGAUGGUGGUAAACUUGUUACAUAUAUAUCUCCAUCUCAUGAAAGUAUAACAUAUCCAUUAGUUGAAAUUUUGAAAAGUGGAGAAAUACCAGAUUAUCCAGAAUGUAAAUUCCUAGAUAAAAUAACAUUAAUUAAAGAAGGUCUAAAACAAAAAUCAACAAUUGUAACAGUAGAACAAGGUCAAUUAAGAUGA